AUGGCAGCUCCUUCUCAAGCCAUAGUUCCCACCGAUGCCGAGCUGCUGCAGGCGCAAGCCGACCUAUGGCGCCACAGCCUGUACUACCUCACGUCCAAGGCGCUCAAGUGCGCCGUCGAGCUCCACAUCCCAACUGCCAUACAUGACCUAGGAGGGGCUACCACGCUGCCGGAACUGGUCAACGCGCUGUCCCUCCCCCAGACCAAGCUUCCAUUCCUUGGCCGCGUGAUGCGGUUGCUUGUCACGUCGGGUAUCUUCGCGUCCAACAAUGGCGAUGGAGCGGAGGCCGUGUACCGCUUCAACUCACUCUCCUGGCUCCUGGCAGGAAACGUCACUGCAGCGGCGAUCAUCAAGGCGUUCCCUGACAUCAAAUGCACCGUGCUGAACCUUCCAAGGGUUGUUGAGACGACGACGACACCUGCCGCACCAGCUCAUGAUGCUGUUAGCGAUGUCACGGGUGAUUUGUUCCACACCAUCCCGCCUGCUCAGGCUGUGAUGCUCAAGGUAUGA